AUGGAUUACAUCUACAGUCAAGCUGAUACCGUGGCGAUUUUCCUGGGACCCCAAUCAGAAAUCGACAGCAGCAAAGUAGCUUUCGAAUUUAUGAAAAGCGUUUCUGAUUGGAGCCGCACAAAUACCUUGGACUCGAAAUUUAUAAGAGAUCAAAAACGAAUGUCAUCUGUUGUUCGCUUGUUCGAGAGAAGCUAUUGGAAACGACUCUGGGUCAUGCAGGAGGUCUUUCACGCCAAGCGAGCCGAUGUCUACUGUGGUUCAGAUUAUAUGCCUCUGGAUACUAUCUUCUCUGCGUGCGAAGCUUUCAAGAGCUUAUCGGACGAUAUUGAGAGAUAUUUUCCUGCCGGGAAAGUCAUCCGGACUUCGGAGAAUCACUACUCCUACGCGCAAACGCUGACAACGCAGGGCCCGACCACUUUGCUUUCCCCUUUCACACUCCUACGACACGAGGCUCUGGAAGUCCUGCGCAUAUGCAGGAGUAAACUCGCAGCUCGACCUCAAGAUAAGAUUCUCGGCGUCUUGAGCCUUCUACCACAAGAUGUCAGGUCGAUGUUUCAACCCAACUUCCAUCUCACAACACAGGAGGUCUUCACGGAAAUUGUCGUCUGCAUCAUCAAAUGCUCAAGAACUUUGGACGUCAUUUGCGAAUCUAUCCGUUACCCCUUCCACCAGAAUUCUUUUGGCUUGCCAAGCUGGGUGCCGGACUGGUCUCAUUCCCCUGACACUUUGUCACUUGCCGCAACUCAUCUUUCACAUCGCCGCCCGUUUCGGGCAUGCCCAGCUGAAAUUAAAUUAGAGCUUUCGGUAAAGCCGCCAGUAUUUAGCGGAGGUGAGCUGCGAGUAAGCGGGAUCCAAAUUGGUACUAUAACGGCAAGAGGUAUGGCUGUUGGCACGCUCGGCCGACUUUCCGACUACCUCAUGGCUUUCUUGGAGUGGAGACACCUUCUACAUGACUAUGAGCAUGAUAGAGAAAGCCACACAGAAGCAUUCUGCAGGACUCUGUGCCUGGGCGAUGUCCCGGAAAGGUUGCGGCAAAUGGAUCCAUGGCGACGUGCUACGUUUGAUCUUUUUUGCUCAAUUCCUGGGAGAACGCUUGGGAAGACUACCUCUGGACGAAGAACUGCUGUUGCACCAGAAGAAGGGGCGUGA